GUCAGUGAGAGGAAGCCAGAAGGAAGAAGACUCAUACUGAGAAUAAUCUCCUGGAUUUUUCCUCUCCCUCCGAGAUCUGGAUAUUCUGUGCAGCACGGCUUGACAGAGAGACAGCCCAGACACAGCAAGAAGGGAUGGUCGACGGAUCACCUGCUUCUUAUUAUUAGGCUUUUUGCAGGCAUCGUUGGAGAUGCCCUUUUAAGUCCAUCCGUCUGGAGAGUGCUGUUUACAGUGAGCGAAAGGGAGAUUCUACCACACAGCAGUUCUCACAAUGGGUGAUAAAGGCACACGGGUCUUCAAGAAAGCAAGUCCCAAUGGAAAGCUCACAGUGUACCUGGGAAAAAGGGAUUUUGUGGACCAUGUGGACCUUGUUGAGCCUGUGGACGGAGUGGUUUUGAUAGAUCCUGAGUACCUGAAGGAGAGAAAAGUGUUCGUUACUCUCACGUGCGCUUUCCGUUAUGGACGCGAGGACUUGGAUGUCUUGGGGUUAACGUUCCGGAAAGAUCUUUUUGUGGCGAACAUUCAGGCCUUUCCACCAGUGCCCCAGGAAAAGAAGAGCCUGACUCGUCUCCAGGAGCGUCUGAUAAAAAAGCUUGGAGAACAAGCUUACCCUUUCACAUUUGAGAUUCCAAUCAAUCUUCCAUGUUCAGUCACCCUGCAGCCGGGACCAGAGGACACAGGAAAGGCCUGCGGGGUUGACUUUGAGGUGAAAGCUUUCUGCGCAGAGAAUGUUGAAGAAAAAAUCCACAAAAGGAACUCAGUGCGUCUGGUAAUCAGGAAGGUCCAGUACGCCCCGGAGAAACCAGGGCCUCAGCCCAUGGCAGAGACCACCAGGCAAUUCCUCAUGUCUGAUAAGCCUCUGCAUCUUGAGGCUUCGCUGGAUAAAGAGAUCUAUUAUCAUGGGGAGCCGAUCAGUGUUAAUGUACAUGUCACCAACAACACGAAUAAGACAGUGAAGAAAAUGAAGAUUUCAGUGCGUCAGUAUGCGGAUAUUUGCCUGUUCAACACUGCACAGUACAAGUGCCCUGUCGCAACUGAGGAGUCAGAUGACAUUGUGGCUCCGAGUGCAACAUUUUGUAAAGUUUUCACCCUCACCCCUUUCCUUGCCAACAACCGAGAAAAACGUGGUCUUGCACUGGAUGGAAAACUAAAGCACGAAGAUACAAAUCUAGCAUCAAGCACAUUCAGGUUACGGGAGGGGGCCAACAAGGAAAUUCUUGGCAUUAUUGUGUCAUACAAAGUCAAAGUGAAGCUGGUUGUGUCUCGAGGCGGACUUUUAGGGGACCUUGCCUCAAGUGACGUGUCUGUAGAACUGCCCUUCACGUUGAUGCACCCUAAACCAAUUGAAGACUCAAUCUACAGAGAUGCACCAGACGAAACACCGAUAGACACAAACCUCAUAGAAUUUGAAACAAACGAUGAUGACAUCAUUUUUGAAGACUUUGCACGGCAGAGGCUCAUUGGUGCGAAAGAUGACAAGGAUGAGGAUGACGAAGGAACAGAUUCGCCCAAGCUGAAUGACAGAUAAAGUUGGCUGUGUUUCCUGUGUUAUAAUGCUGUGGUAUUGGGAAGCUAAAGACCCCUUAGGUAAACCAGAGUCCGGGAGACCCUUUAAAUACUCACAGUGGUACCGUUGUCGUGUUCUUGUUCACAUUUGUUAUCGCCAUACAGUGAGGAUGUAAAAACUAGAAUAAUGCAGGCUAGACAGUGUGGUAAAAGGGGGGGAUGUUAAGUAUGGAACAGUUCUGAACCCUUGUUGGCCAGUUUAAGCAGUGGUUAUAGCGUUUCAUCAUGACUCAAACAUACUACAGUGGUAGCAUGCCUAUAUGUCACUUUGUUAUACUUGUUUUUCAUUAGGACAGAGCAAGAGAAACUUUAUAUGACAAUUGUAUUUAAUACACUACAACACAUGUAAGGAAAUUGAUUUGUUAUGACUAUAUGUGUUGCCAAACUUCAUCUCUUGUUGACUUUUGGGGAAAUGAGUGGGCAAUGCGCAACUGUAAAAACGUAACAAGUACUCCUAGACAGUAAUUAUAACUAAUUUUACCCCAAAAAGCUUAACCUCAUCUUGAGAAUUUAGCUAUAAAAUUAAGCUUUCAGGGUAUUGCACUUUACACUGGGAUAACUAGAGAAGCCUAUGUGUGUGUUCUAUUUUUUGGGAAGAGGGUCUGGAAAAGGAAUACUAUGACAACAUUCUAUUGUAUGAUGCAUUUCUGACUAGAUAGGAAAGCCCCCCCUAGUAAGAUAUUGUGGCCUCCGGCUCCCUUGGACUCAAAGACAGAUCACUAUGAAACACGAGUGGAGAUGCAUACUCACCAAGUGAUGCAACAAAGAUCCUUAUAUAAAUGAGUGGCCUUGCAUAAAACAUAGACAGGUGUUUUGUGAACAGGAUUAAUAAUAAGACUUUAUAGGUACAACAUUUAUUUUGAAAAUACAAAUUGAGCCAUUUACAGUAACACAGGUCAUUUACUCUGUAAGAUGGUUGUGUAGCGGUGAAGUCAUACUAUUUUGCCACAAUUAGUUUAUUUUUAUUGAAACUCUCAUCUUGGGAGUAGUAUAAAUUCCAUACAAAAGACCAACAAAUUCCUUGUGGGUGUAACAUUUUGCGCAAAACAAUGUGUAGGAUCCUGUGCUGAGCCAAUAUACAUAUUAUUGACAGUAGAGAUCAUCUUGAUAGAUCAUCAAUCCCUGAUCUUGUAAAUUAUAAUCUCUUGAGAAUGGUGUUGUUCCUGCUGCAGACAGGAUAAGUGAUUCAUGUUUUCUGCGAAACACAUCCUCCUUUUUUUCCCUGUGUAAGAACGAUCAUAGAAAAGGAACCAAGGACUUACUUUCUUCAAAUUCAGAUAUCAGUUUUUUUAAUCCACAUAUAAUGUUUGGAAUAGUGAAAUGCAGUGCAGAGUUGUGGAACAUCUGGAACAUAUUAAUGUGUAAUAUGUACCAUACUAAUGUACCAUACAUAAUAGGAAACAUGCUUGUUUUAUCCAACUCUCUGAUAUUUGAAAACACAAAUCUUAUUAAUCUCAUGGAUGAGGAUAUUGUUUAUUUAUUGGUGCAACUUCUCUAUAUCAAAAUCACCCAUACGUUUUUACAAUAAAGUAUAAUUGAAAAAUAUUAUUAUUAUUAUUAAAUAAAUCUAUUGAAAUAAUCAGCUCUUUUAAAGGGGUGAUGACAAAAUCUGUAUGUUCAACUGCAUCUUUAAUAAAAUUAUAUUUGUGGC